AACAGCCUCGAAAACGCCGGGAUGGGACGACUAACCCCGUAAAUUUAUCACCCUCAUUCCUUAGUAGUGUAGUGUUGUACACCCGAUUGUUUUUCCCGGUUAAAAAAAUGGUCGUAACGAUUAAUGCAAACAAUUUUAACUUGUAAGUCGGUUAUCCAGUGCGUCAGAUCCAGUCCCGGUAAUGUCUUCCUUGCGCCAGCACGCCUUGGUUCAGUAUGCACUGCUUGUCGCUGCCUCGCUACUUUCCUACGGCGGUGCACUGUACGGAACGUUCGUGUUUGACGAUUCGGCAGCAAUCGUAAAGAACAUGGACGUACGUAAUGUGGCCACACCGUUUCACACCCUGUUGCGGCACGAUUUUUGGGGGAAUAAUUUAACCGACCCGACCAGCCAUAAAUCCUUCCGUCCGCUAACGGUACUAAGCUAUCAGCUGGAAAAUCGUCUCCUAGGUCUAAAUGCCGGCCACAUGAAAAAGGUGAACCUUGCCCUGCAUACGAUCGUGUGUCUGCUGGUGUUACGUCUUUACCAAACGUUAUGGCGCGAUACCGGCUCAUUCCGUACAUCGUUUUGGGCCGCCUUUGUCUUUACCGUUCAUCCAGUGCACACCGAAGCGGUCGUUGGUAUUGUGGGACGAGCCGAUUUGCUAGCAUCGAUCGGAUACAUUACCGUCCUGUUGUUAUACCAACGUUGGUUAACGAGCGAACGCCGGUACGGUGUGUUGGUGUUUAUGGUUCUUUUUCUCCUUACCAUGGUAUCAAUGCUGUUCAAGGAGACGGGCAUGACCGCUCUGGUGGCGUGCGGUGCAAUCGAUUUGCUGAAAAGAAUCAAUUGGAAUUACGUGCGGAUGCCUAUGCGUGAAUUGUUUCAAACGCAUCGGGCUUGUUUGGUACGCGUAGCUACCCUGGCCAGUCUGUCACUGGUUGCAGUCACGGUGCGCUUUUGGAUUAUGGACUUCGAAAGUCCAAAGUUCCAUCGAAUGGAUAAUCCAGUGGGGGCGACCAACAGUACAACCACACGAAUACUUUCCCAGAGCUAUCUGUACUGGCUCAACUUGUAUCUUUUGCUCUGUCCCGAUUGGUUAAGCUUCGAUUGGGCCCUUGGGUCCGUUCCGUUGGUGGAAAGCAUUUUCGAUGGCCGGAUGCUUCUCAUCGGACUAUUUUACGGAACGGUAGCAAUACUAGCGUUCCGGUGCAACGAAUCCAAAGCAAGAGAAAUCAAAAUAUCGCUAGCGUUAGCCAUUGUUCCUUUUUUGCCGGCAUGUGGAUUUGUACGGGUUGGUUUUGUAAUUGCCGAACGGUUACUGUAUCUUCCAUCGGUCGGAUUUUGCUACCUCCUAGCGGUAGGCUACCGUCGGCUGAUUAAACGAUCCGUUGUAUUCUACAUUCCGCUAUGCUUCCUGUGUACCAUGUUCAUCCUGAAGACACAAUCCCGUGCAUACGAGUGGACCUCGGAAGAUGUACUGUUCCGUUCGGCGUUGCGUGUCUGCCCAAGGAAUGCCAAAGUGUACUACAACAUUGCUCGACUUGCAACCGACCAGGGCGAUCGUGAAACUGCCUUCACAUUCUAUCGGUACGCGAUCGAGCUGCAUCCGGAGUAUGAAGCAGCCCACAUGAAUCUGGGCAAUUUGUAUCGGGAAAUGCAUAAACUGGAUACGGCCGAGCGUCAUCUAAGGAAAGCGAUUGAAAUACACGAACCCUUUCCAUCGGCCUGGAUGAACCUGGGAAUCGUUCAGGCGGCUCGAAAAGACCACCAAGCAGCACUGAUUAGCUAUCAGCGAGCAUUGGAGCUAAAACCAAACUAUGCGAACUGUUUGUACAAUUUGGGUAACUUGUACAUCGACAAACAAAACUCUUCAAUGGCGCUGCGGUACUGGCGCGAAGCAAUACAGCAAAACCCACGCCAUAGCAAAGCAUGGGCCAACAUUCUGGCACUGUACGAUAAUCGGGGACGCACGGAGGACAUUAUACGCACAUCAGCACUCGCGCUUACUUUCCUGCCGAACGACACCGCCAUCCUGUUUACCCGUGCCAAUGCGUUCGGCAAGCUGGGGCAGUAUGAAACGGCUGAGGUACUUUACCGGCAGAUCAUUGCCGCCCGGCCGGAUCAUGCUGUGUACCGUGCCAAUCUCGGCGUCCUGUACCACCGGUGGGGCCAACGAAAUACCCAAGCGAUCGAGCAGUAUCGGGCUGCGCUACGAUUAGAUCCUAACCUGCGCAGUGCCAAAACGAAUCUUUUGAAACUGAUGGACUCAUCGUAAUAGCUCACGUGCUGGCAAAUCACUCAAACUAGCUGUAGUGACUGUGAAAUAGACUAUUUCAGUCUAUUUUCUAUGUUACUAAUGGCAGAUAUUUUUAAUCCUGUUCCAUUAUUUAUUUCUCGAAGGAGUGGUGUCUAACAAGUAGCAGUUUAUACAAGCUAUUUUCGAAAUUUUUAAUCGUAACCCUCGUUUUACGUUCACAGUCAAAUGUUUUGGCGACGUUUGAAAUGGAUGAAACAAGCUCACGGGAGGGUCACUAGUUAAGUGAAAACCUCCUUUUACUCGUGUAAUUUUAACUAUUACGGUACCACGUCGUACUCGAAAAACAAGCAAUAACUUAUACAUCGAAUCACGAAUAAUGCAGCGAAAUUAAAACAU